GGGCUGGAGAGUCGAGCAGGACGCUUGUGGUUUACGAACCAAUCAUACGAUAAAACAAUCAAGAGCUGUUGUGAGAGGCGGCCGCUAAGAUGAAGUGUGGCGAGUGUCGAAAGAACGUCUUGUUUGACCUAGGCUUGUACCUGGUCGCAAUCUUCUAUUCUUGCGGGGUCUCUAAUGAUCUGACGCCCGAACAGCUUUGGGAGGGCGGCGAUGAAUAUCAGCGUGACAUGUUUAUCACCUGUAAAAUCGACAAGGCGACGACGAAUCGCGCGUUGUUUUUCGGCUCAAGAUCCCACGCCUUGCCAACUCAAACAAGCUUAGCCUUCACGAUGGAUUACUACCAGGACCAGGACAUGGACAUGGUCGGCAACUAUGAUAACAUCAACAGUAUGGACUGUGGAGUUCCACUUGUUCCACCUGCUGAACACCUUGCCGAUCAAGAGGCUAGUCCUAAGGGGCACCCUCAACCCGAUAUUCUUGGCUUGUGGGGGAGCAAGAUCGAACGUGUCAACGGGGAUACAACAUUGAACACGACCCCGAAUGCCUUCUGUAUUGGUUCGUCAUACGGAAGCCGCAUGGAGGAUAAGAACCGUUACAUGGCGAAUCAAUACAACAGAAGUGGGUAUGGAACGGGGGAUUGCUAUGGAGGUGAAAGGCAGCUGGUAUCGCGUGAACGGACGCCCAGGACGACGUUCACGGCAGGGUCAAUGUCGGUGGACACGGAGACGUCCAUAUCAAUGACAAUGGAGACGGAAGAACAGACGGGGGUGCGGACGCAAUGGAAUGAGCCGGCGGACUUUCAGAUGUGGGCAACGUGGCAACCUCAAUCAUUCGGCAUAUUUGCCGGCUUGGCAGAGAGGGGGAAUUGGGAGGGAGGUGAAGACAUCACUGACCUCGGACCAGGUGUGGAUGACGCUUGGCCAAAGAAGGGUUCCAGAUUGGGCUUCAACGCAGAAGAGCGAAAUCAUUCUCAGCGGAGACGAUUUACACAUAUCGCUUGAUUUCAAGACCAUGAUUUCCCUCGAUGCAAUU